ACUGCGAUAAACUAUUCAAUUGUGCUGCCCUCUUUGUAUUUAUAACAAUAACCAUUAGGUAUGUUACAAACUUCAAACAGUACUACUACCUACUUAUGAGAUAAUCCAAUAGAUGGCAAAGAGUAGCUGUUUUCACCUCAUCAUAAUAAUAAUACAUCGUAAUUCAAAAAAAUUUAAGUUCACAAAAAUAAAAUCAUAAAAAAUAUGUCUUAAUUCUUAUAACACAAUAAUUCACAUCAGUUUAAAAGAAACACUUGUGCUGGCAUAAUGUAACCGGCAACACUCCCAAUGCCAGUUUAUAAAAAAGUUAUACACAAACAUGGUGGAUCAGCUGUUUUCAUAUUUCUCGGGCCGCAUUUUGUUUUUAUAAACCGCGUAUUGUUAUGGUGCCAUAGCCAUGUGUGAAUUAAAAUGGGCUCUAUCGCAUCGGUGCUGCAAUGGCAUUGUCAGACGUGCGGCCAGAUCAACCCAACCGAGAGUGUAAAGUGUUUAAAAUGUUCCACCAAACGGGUCUCAAGUCAUGACAGUGAAGAUUCCAAACGCUAUUAUACUAAAGAUUCGUCCUCAGAGCAUACGAUUCGAACAGAAAAAAGCGAAGGAACAACUCCAGGAUCGGAAGCUAUCGCUAUACCAUCAAUCUCUAAUAUCAAUAGCGGAUGGUCGUGCGUUGGCUCCGCGCCGGGCCCGACGCGCGCUUGGCGCUGCGCGUGCGGCCUGCGCAACGUGUCCGCCGCGUGGCGCUGCGCGGCCUGCGACGCGCUCGCGCCCCACGCGCCCGUCUACAGGCUGUCUGAUGACGAGGAUCAAGCAUCGGGGAUGACGGAAAAAGAAAAAUCUGCCCAAGAUAACACUAUGAUAAGAUCCAACACCCUGGCAGUCCCGUCAUAUAAGCCUACGACCAACUACGAUAGCCGCCGCUUGAAUCUCGACGUGCAAUCUCUCCGUCUCUCUCCUACCCAGCUGGCCGACCAGACCCACGGAGUAACGCGAUCCCUUUCCCACGGCUCCGUCAUCAACUCGCAGCCCAAAUGGUGGAAGCUAGAUGAAACUAGAGGCACGAUCAAUCGGCCGACUAGUUUGAUGGUCUCCGAGAGAUACGGAUACACAUCCCAAACGAAUCCUAGAGAGAGUUUCUUAAGGAGUUUGCACACAGUCACAAGAAGACCGAAGAAGUGCGAAAGCAAAUCCAAUUGGGAAUUGAAUUACGUUAAAGAUUACCAGAGAGAGCAGAGCAGAGCGCUCCAUUUGAAAAAGUGGGCGUGCAGCAAGUGUACUUUAGAAAAUUCUGGAAUCAGAACCCAUUGUGAAGCUUGCCUAUCGCCGCGAGUGUCUCCUUUAUCAAGAAUUUCUAAUACUAGGGGUCUAAGUGUGACUACGCUUGGGAGACAUGAGACGGCGAAUCGGGAAGGGGCUACUUCACUACCUACCUCAGGUGGUGUGAUGAUCACAGUUCCCGAUUGGCCCCAAACUGGUGCUACGACUUUAGGCUCUUCAUUCCGAAGAUCAAUAAGCGCUCAGAACUCUCCAGAAAUUCGGCCCACGUACAGACGUUCGUUUUCAGAACAGACUACAGAUUCUCGUCCUAUCGGGAAGAUAAUCUCUAGUAGAAGAAGCUUGAACGACUAUCAAAAAUCUUUAGCUAGUUAUUGCGGCAGCUUGCCUAAGAAACCUGAAGAAAAAUCGGAAAAGAAGGAAGAUAACUCAGAGUUGAUAGACAAGGAAUGUAGUUGGGAUACCAACGCCGAAGGAGUGAUAUACGCUUUGCCUAAUAAAGGGAAGUAUAAAGACUUAAAUCUGCAGCUGCAAGUCAAUAAUAACGGGACUAGAUAUUCGUACGUCUCUGUGCAAGAUACGAAGACAGUCAUGAGUAAUUCACAGAACGAAGCUUUGUACUCCAAUGAUAUUGGUGACGGAGAUUAUGCGAGGAUAGAUGAGUUAUUAGGUGCUGAGAAUUGUAUAUCGCCGGUCAGCGAAGCGAGUAAUAUACGAACUUCUCAUAUAGGGUCUCAAAGUGUGUUCAAUAUGCUGCCGUCGGUGGGGAAGGUGUCGCAGCCGAGAGAGAUGACCAAUGUGCCUUCGACUCAACCGUCGCCGCAGCAGCCGCAGCCGCAGAACUCACAAUCGGACCGAAUGUGGCAGUGUUCGUCGUGCUGGUUCGCGUACAACGCGUGGUGGGCGCGCUCGUGCGACGUGUGCCGCGCGCGGCGCGGGCCCGGCGCGCCCGUCACCGUCACCCGCCACGACACUAACAGUUCCAGGCCACCGAAUGCGAAUUCGAACCCGGAGCCUAGCGGUAGCAAGGCGGAGGCGAAUAGCAAUGUGCCGCCGACUAAGAAGCUUACUGUGCCUAUCGCCUCGUUGGAUCACGAUCUGAAUAGCGACGAGCUACUAUUUGCAGUCGAGUCCCCGGCGGCGGCGGGCUGGCCGUGCGCGCGCUGCACGCUGCUCAACGACGCCGCGGCCACGGCGUGCGCGGCCUGCGCGGCCUCCAAGCCCCCGCCUCAGCACUGGUCGUGUAGUUCGUGUACGCUGCGAAAUCCGCUGUCAGCAAGUUUGUGUUUGGCGUGUAAAACUCCGCCAGUACCACGGCAUGGGGUGCCCGGGCCUUCGACUGAAACUAACCACACCGGUGGAGGCUUGCGCCCGCGCAGCCCGUCCCCGCGCCGCGCCGCGCCCGCGCCGCGCCGCGCGCCCUCGCCGCCGCCCGACGCCAAAACGGACAGUAGCACGUGGGCGUGCUCGGAGUGCACGUACGCGAACGUGGGCCCCUCGCUGGCCUGCGACAUGUGCCAGUCCCCGCGCGCGCGCCUGCUGCCCGCCGCGCCCAGCCACGAGCUGGACGACGACGACCGCGAGGGCUCGGACAGCGAACGCCAAGAAAGCACGCCGGUGGAGAUACUGCGGUUAAGAGAAGAGAGCCACGCGUGGACGCAGUGGCAAGAAGUACUCGCCCAGUGCGCCGCUACGGGCGAGCCAUACGUGGACGAGUCGUUCCCCGCGCACCCGCGCUCCCUGUACUACAACGGCAGCGGCGAGAGCGGCGCGGCCGCGCGCUGGCUGCGUCCACACCAGAUACACGUGGACGGCUCCCACCGCCUGCCCUGGCGCGUGUACCGCGACCCGCGCCCCUCCGACAUCUCGCAAGGUGUCCUAGGCAACUGCUGGCUUCUGUCAGCGCUGGCGGUAUUAGCAGAGCGCGCAUCUUUAGUUCGAGGUGUGGUUGUUAGAGGCGAACCCAGCGUGGGGGCCUAUCAGCUACGACUAUGCAAGGAUGGACGGUGGCUGACUGUCACUGUUGACGACCUACUGCCGUGCAAUAAAAAAGGACACCUCGUUUACUCUCAGGCUAAAAGAAAACAACUGUGGGUACCUCUCAUAGAGAAGGCAGUCGCGAAACUACACGGAUGCUACGAGGCUCUGGUUUCUGGGAGAGCUAUUGAAGGUCUAUGCACACUAACGGGGGCGCCCUGCGAGUCAGUGUCCCUCCAAGCUGGCGGAGCGGGCGGCGCCGGGGGCGGCGCUCCCCUCGAGCAGCUGGACCGCGACCUGGUGUGGGCGCAGCUGCUGUCCUCGCGCCAGGCCAGCUUCCUCAUGGGCGCCAGCUGCGGCGGCGGCAACAUGAAGGUGGACGAAGAAGAAUACCAACGCCUUGGCCUCCGACCCCGCCACGCCUACAGCGUUCUUGACGUAGUCGAAGUCGCGGGUCCCAUCCGUCUCCUCCGGCUGCGGAACCCCUGGGGCCAUUACACGUGGCGCGGUGCGUGGGCCGGGAACUGCCCACGUUGGACCCCUGAGAUGAGGAGAGCGGUGCGAGCGAGCGCUCCUAGCGACCCACAUCAUGACCAAGCUGUAUUCUGGAUUAGCUUCGAGGAUGUUCUCAAAUACUUUGACUGCAUCGACAUCUGCAAAGUCCGCGUCGGCUGGCACGAGGUCCGAUUAGCAGGUGUACUACCACCCAUGUCUUCAACUCGGCACCUCACGUGCUUACUUCUAACCGCCACCCAACCCACCGAGGUGGACUUCACACUGUUUCAGGAGGGACAGAGAAAUUCUGCCAAAAGUCAGCGUUCCCAGUUGGACUUGUGCGUCGUCGUGUUCCGGACGAAAUCGGGACCGAACGCUCAAGUCGGAAAACUGGUUGCACAUAGCAAAAGACAGGUCCGCGGCUUCGUGGGCUGCCACAAAAUGCUAGAGAAAGGCUUCUACCUCGUGGUGUGCCUGGCCUUCAACCACUGGCACACGGGCCCGCCCUCGGCGCGCGGCGGCUGGCCGCGGCACGUGCUGGCGGCGCACUCCAGCAAGCCGCUGGGCGUGGAGCGGCCGCCGCUGCACGCGCACCUGCUGGCCGACGCCAUCAUCGGCCUCACGCUGGCCCGCGGGCAGCGCCACGAGGGCCGCCAGGGCAUGACGGCCUACUACCUCACCAAGGGCUGGGCAGGAUUAGUAGUCAUGGUUGAGAACCGACACACAGACAAGUGGAUCCACGUGAAAUGCGACUGCCAGGAGAGCUACAACGUCGUUUCUACGCGGGGCGAGCUUAAAACCAUCGACUCCGUCCCACCUCUUCACAGACAAGUGAUCAUAGUCCUGACGCAGCUGGAGGGCAGCGGCGGGUUCAGCAUCGCGCACCGCCUCACGCACCGGCUGGCGGCGGGCGCGCGCCUGCAGGACUGGGCGCCGCCGGCCGACGCCGAGCCGCGCCACCGCCCGCCGCUGCCGCGCCGGCUGCACGGGCUGCAUGCUCCCCGCCUCAUCACCUAGGCUCCAGGCAGGCGACAACAGUCCUGGCGCAGCUGGAGGGCAGCGGCGGGUUCAGCAUCGCGCACCGCCUCACGCACCGGCUGGCGGCGGGCGCGCGCCUGCAGGACUGGGCGCCGCCGGCCGACGCCGAGCCGCGCCACCGCCCGCCGCUGCCGCGCCGGCUGCACGGGCUGCAUGCUCCCCGCCUCAUCACCUAGGCUCCAGGCAGGCGACAACAGUCCUGGCGCAGCUGGAGGGCAGCGGCGGGUUCAGCAUCGCGCACCGCCUCACGCACCGGCUGGCGGCGGGCGCGCGCCUGCAGGACUGGGCGCCGCCGGCCGACGCCGAGCCGCGCCACCGCCCGCCGCUGCCGCGCCGGCUGCACGGGCUGCAUGCUCCCCGCCUCAUCACCUAGGCUCCAGGCAGGCGACAACAGUCCUGGCGCAGCUGGAGGGCAGCGGCGGGUUCAGCAUCGCGCACCGCCUCACGCACCGGCUGGCGGCGGGCGCGCGCCUGCAGGACUGGGCGCCGCCGGCCGACGCCGAGCCGCGCCACCGCCCGCCGCUGCCGCGCCGGCUGCACGGGCUGCAUGCUCCCCGCCUCAUCACCUAGGCUCCAGGCAGGCGACAACAGUCCUGGCGCAGCUGGAGGGCAGCGGCGGGUUCAGCAUCGCGCACCGCCUCACGCACCGGCUGGCGGCGGGCGCGCGCCUGCAGGACUGGGCGCCGCCGGCCGACGCCGAGCCGCGCCACCGCCCGCCGCUGCCGCGCCGGCUGCACGGGCUGCAUGCUCCCCGCCUCAUCACCUAGGCUCCGGGCAGGCGACAACAGUCCUGGCGCAGCUGGAGGGCAGCGGCGGGUUCAGCAUCGCGCACCGCCUCACGCACCGGCUGGCGGCGGGCGCGCGCCUGCAGGACUGGGCGCCGCCGGCCGACGCCGAGCCGCGCCACCGCCCGCCGCUGCCGCGCCGGCUGCACGGGCUGCAUGCUCCCCGCCUCAUCACCUAGGCUCCGGACAGGCGACAACAGUCCUGGCGCAGCUGGAGGGCCGCGGCGGGUUCAGCAUCGCGCACCGGCUGGAGGCGGGCGGGCGUCUGCAGGACUGGGCUAAAAUGAUGUAUAGACCAGGACUCCCUAAAAUAGAAGGCAGCAGCUGGUUCCACAUUGCACACCGCCUCACGCACAGACUGUUUCUUUCCGCGAGUCAGAAGUGAUCGCUCGCGGUCCGUAGUUUGAAACCAUGACUUACGCUUACCUACUAACCUACCUACCUAACCUACUAACCCUUAUUCAUAAAACUUGACAAGCCUUAGUUAGUUAAUCUAUGUUUUUUUUCCCUUUCAGAAAUACAUAAGUCAAAAACAUUGACAGAGACCAGUUGAACAAAUAUUUUGCUAAUACAUAUGAGCGUUGAGACUGAUAUAGGCGACGCAUAUCUCAACGGUCGAUUGUAAGAUCAGCAAAUCGAGAAAAUCCUAGGCAUACCCCGUUACGCUGGGCUCCUAUUUCUGGACAGUAUGCCCUUCGGGCAUCUCAAACAACCUAACAAACCUAUCCUACCUAUCUAUUGGUUUAGUGUGACUACCGUCAAAACAUUGCACAGGAACAUUACGAUCUGCCUGGUCUUACGAUAUACAACAUCAAAUUAUUAUACACAUGCUGACCUAACUCGAGGAGUAAUUCAACAUUACCAUGGGGCAAAUGCAACUUUUGGCUCAUAGACCAACUUUCCUUGACAGAGAAUAAUUAUUUAACCCUUUGAACGUCCCGCCUGUAGUGUCUAGAUGUCUCGAGCGCUCACGUCAUGGUGACGUCACUGACAGUUACGGUCAGACGAUGUUAGACCGGCGAGCAGAGCGGUCGUAUCGCGUGGUGUUUGUGUUGGCGAACCGUUGGAAAUACAUUAUAUCGUACGAUUAACUGAGGUAAAUACAUUACUUUACAACGCAGAAAGGUAUAUAAACUGUAAAUGUGCGCGUUGACGUUUUUGGGUUAUAAAUGAGGUUGACGAGAU